GUGCCCGUCAAUACGAAACCUACGUAGAGGAGAUGAAACUGCAUCUUUGACGCACACAUAAACAAGACAGGGCGACGGGGAACUGCGGGCCGUAUCGGUGGACUAAAUAGUACUGGAGUGCUGUUGGGACGUAGUCUAUCCCUCCCCGCCUGAAGAGCCAGCGGAAUGGCGCUGAGCUCGGGCGGGUGGGCUCACACCCCCUCGCCGGCUCCAUCUCCCCCUCUCCCCGGCUACGGGGCCUCACAGAGCGGCUGUAACACGGUGCUAAUGUCGGUUCGGGUUUCCGUGUGCCACUCGGGAAUACGGCCGCUGUGUCUCCCUGGGGCAGAAGAUGAGUCCCUCCGUCUGCAGCUGAGCAUGGACCCUGGGAGAACCGGGGAGUUCCGCCUCGCUCUACGGGACGUCAGUGGUACUGGGACCGGACAGAGUGUGUCCAUCGCAGAGUUCGACCUGCGGUCCGUGCAGUACGAGGUGAAGUCGCCGCGUUGUCACGAGCUGUGUCUGGCCACGCCCCCUCACGACCGCAUCAGCUUCAACUUCCGCUGCGAGAGAGAAGCCCAGGAGUGGGCCACCGUGGUGAUGUCAUCACUAAGGGAGGCGCACAGGGUAGCAGACAGUGCUCCCUUCACCGAGAGACAGCUAAACCUGGAGCCACUGGAACCACAGAGCUCAGGCACCCUACCCAAAACAGAGGAUCUGUGUGCCGAGCUGAGUCUUGCCAUCCAGGCUGGUGACCCCCACGCCGCCUCUCAGAGUGCAGUACACCUGGCCCGCCAGCAGGCCGCGCUCAAGAUCCAGCCUUCUGAGAAGAACUACAUGGACACUGAGAUCAGCCUGGCGGUGGUGGUGGAGGACGCUUCCUCUUCCUGUUGUGUCACGGUGAAAGUCUUCCCCCACAUGAACGUCGCGUCACUCAAGCAACAGGUGUGUCAGGAGUACGGGUUCCACCCGCGGGUGCAGCGCUGGGUGAUCGGGCAGUGUCUGUGCACGGAGCCUCGCUCGCUGGCGUCCUACGGGGUGAAGCGGGACGGAGACACGGCCUUCCUCUACCUCCUCUCCGCCCGCCAGAGUGAUACAUGGGAGGAGCCCCCUGCGCUGACGGUCAUGCUCUCUCUCUCUCUCCUCCUAUUGGUCCGUCAGGCCCGGGAGGCGGAGCGGAGGGAGAACUUCGCCAGGCUGGUGAUGAUGGAUGGCCAGGACCUGGUGCCCAACCCUGAGAGCGUGGACUGCCGAAUCUGCUACCUGGACCUGCAGCCUGGGGACGGGGUCCUGCUCCGGGAGUGCCUGCACUGCUUCUGCAGGGACUGCCUGCGCUCGGUGGUGCUGAUGUGCGAGGAGCCGGAGGUGGCGUGUCCGUACCGCGACGACUCGUACGCCUGCGACAGCACACUACAGGAGAGGGAGAUCCGCGCGCUGGUGUCGGCAGAGGAGUAUGAGCGCUGGCUGAGGAGGGGUCUGUCUGUGGCCGAGUCUCGUUGUGAGAGCAGCUACCACUGUGCCAGCCUGGACUGCCCCGGCUGGUGUGAGUACGAGGACACGGUCAACACCUUCCACUGCCCCGUGUGCAAGAAGCACAACUGCCUGCUCUGCAAGGCUGUGCAUGAGGGGAUGAACUGUAAACAGUAUCAGGACGAUCUCACGGCUCGCGCCGUCAACGAUUCUGCGGCCAGAAGGACCCGAGACCUGCUGAAGACCCUGGUCCAGUCCGGAGAGGCCAUGUACUGCCCCCAGUGUGGCAUCAUCGUUCAGAAGAAGGAGGGCUGUGAUUGGUUGCGCUGCACUGUCUGUCACACAGAGAUCUGCUGGGUCACCAGAGGGCCACGCUGGGGUCCUGCGGGCCCUGGUGACACAAGUGGAGGCUGCCGCUGCAACGUCAACAAGCAGAGAUGCCACCCCAAGUGCCAGAACUGCCACUGAGAGAGGGGAGAGAGGAGAGAGAUGCGUCUAUUAACAGGAACUGGACACAUCUGUCUGUCAGUCACCAUUUAUGCAAAAGUUACCUGAACUCACUCACUGACACUUGCAAUACACACUUUUAAAACCUCUUGAACUACUCCCAAAAAAUGACAGUUGAAGGAAGCCAUAUUAAUGCAGAAGAGAGAGAGUUGCCUCCAGUAAGUGUCCUUGCUAAAUCUUCCUGAGCUCAAGACUGUUCGUCCAUAGCUGCUAUGGUAACAAUGUUUUUAGGAUGUCGCGCUAAAUAAAGUUUCUCUUUUUUUCCCCUGCCCUUGACUGUUGGGCGCGAGUGAUAUUUUGUAUUACUGAGUGCCUAUAGGGAAGCCAGCCAAUGGAGAGGCCGUCUUCCUUCUAGCAGCCAAUGAGAGGGAGGACUUGCUCGUGGGAGGGGUGGGGUUGCGACGCUGCCUUUGUGCCUUAACCUUUUGUUUGAAUAAAACUGUCUUUUUAAACGA